AUGACCACCUCUGACGGCGCUAGCGAGAAGGCCAGCAUCCACUUCCUCCUCAACCCAGAGCCCUUCAGCGACGACAUCCCCACCCCACCCAGCUCUCCUCAUCUUGCCCACAACGUACCUCGUCGGACCACCACCACCACCAGCAACAUGAAGACCAAGUCCUUCAAGAAGACAAGAAGCUCUCGUUGCUCUGGCGCUGGUGAAGCAGAAGAGAAGAUCAGGUCAAGCGACUAUCGGAGCCAAGUGCUACGCAGCCACUUUGCCCACGACCCGAUGCCCUCGACGCCCACCAAGCGGCGGCUGGGGCACCAGCUCGACAUGACCACGCGCCAGGUGCAGCUCUGGUUCCAGAACCAGCGGGCCAGAGCGCGGCGUUCUGGCGUGGAGCUCGACCUGUCGCGGCCAAGAGAGCUCGUCUUCCACCAUUCAGUCGUUCUUACCCAGCCCCAGGGAGGAGGAGCCGUCAAUAUUGUGGUCACCUACCUCGACUGA